AUGUCUGAUCCAAACCAAGGUAACAAUCAGCAAAACUAUCAACAGUACGGUCAAAACUUCAACCAACAGCAAGGUAACAACAAAUUUCAAGGUUACCAAGCUUACAAUGCUCAAGCCCAACAACCUGCAGGUGGCUAUUACCAAAACCCCCAAGGUUACGCUGGCUACCAACAGGGCGGUUAUGACCAACAAUUUAACCCGGAAGUAGGUUACCAACAACAAUACAACGCCCAAGGUGGUUACCAACAACAGUUCAAUCCACAAGGUGGCCGUGGCAAUUACAAGAACUUCAACUACAACAACAGCCAACAGGGAUUCCAAGCUGGCUUUCAACCACAAUCUCAAGGAAUGUCUUUGAACGACUUCCAAAAGCAACAAAAACAAACUGCUCCUAAGCCAAAGAAGACUUUAAAACUUGUUUCAAGUUCCGGUAUCAAGUUAGCUAAUGCGACCAAGAAGGUCGACACAAAGCCUGUCGAAACUGAGAAGAAAGAGGAAGAAAAGCCUACCGAAACCAAAGAACCAGCCAAGGUCGAAGAAUCAAUCAAAGAUGUGGAAACUCCAGCCAGCGCUGAAGAAAAGAAGGAGGUGAAUUCUGAAUUACCAAAGGUCGAAGAUUUGAAAAUAUCCGAAUCGAACGAUAACAGCAAGCCUGCUAACCCUAUCAACGCCGAUGCCUUGAUCAAAGAACAAGAAGAUGAAGUAGACGAUGAAGUUGUUAAUGAUAUGUUCGGAGGUAAAGAUCACGUUUCUUUAAUUUUCAUGGGUCACGUCGAUGCUGGUAAGUCCACUAUGGGUGGUAAUCUACUAUAUUUGACUGGCUCUGUGGACAAGAGAACCAUUGAAAAAUAUGAAAGAGAAGCUAAAGAUGCUGGUAGACAAGGUUGGUAUUUGUCUUGGGUCAUGGACACCAAUAAAGAAGAAAGAAACGACGGUAAGACCAUUGAGGUCGGUAAGGCUUAUUUCGAAACCGAAAAAAGACGUUACACCAUUCUGGAUGCACCAGGUCAUAAAAUGUACGUUUCCGAAAUGAUUGGUGGUGCCUCUCAAGCCGAUGUUGGUGUUCUAGUCAUUUCUGCCAGAAAGGGUGAAUACGAAACCGGUUUCGAAAGAGGUGGUCAAACACGUGAACACGCCUUAUUGGCCAAGACCCAAGGUGUUAAUAAGAUGAUCGUUGUCGUAAAUAAGAUGGAUGAUCCUACUGUCAAAUGGUCCAAAGAACGUUACGACCAAUGUGUAGGUAACGUCAGCAAUUUCUUAAAGGCCAUCGGUUACAAUAUAAAGACUGAUGUUAUAUUCAUGCCAGUAUCAGGUUACAGUGGUGCUAACUUGAAAGAACAUGUAGAUCCAAAGGAAUGUUCAUGGUACACCGGCCCAACUUUACUGGAAUACUUGGACAAAAUGACCCACGUUGACCGUCGUAUCAACGCUCCAUUCAUGUUACCUAUUGCUGCUAAAAUGAAGGAUUUAGGUACAAUCGUAGAAGGUAAGAUUGAAUCUGGUCACAUCAAGAAGGGCCAAUCCACUUUAUUGAUGCCUAAUAAGACCACUGUGGAAAUCCAAAACAUCUAUAACGAAACUGAAACCGAAGUCGAUAUGGCCAUGUGUGGUGAACAAGUCAAACUAAGAAUUAAAGGUGUCGAAGAAGACGACAUUUCACCAGGGUUUGUGUUGACAUCCCCAAAGAACCCAAUUAAGAAUGUUACCAAGUUUGUGGCGCAAAUUGCCAUUGUCGAAUUAAAGUCCAUUAUAGCCGCCGGAUUUUCAUGUGUUAUGCAUGUUCACACAGCCAUUGAAGAGGUUCAUAUUGUUAAACUACUGCAUAAGUUAGAAAAGGGUACAAAUCGUAAAUCGAAGAAGCCACCUGCUUUUGCUAAGAAGGGUAUGAAGGUCAUUGCUGUUUUAGAGACUGAAGCUCCAGUUUGCGUCGAGACUUACCAAGAUUAUCCACAGUUGGGUAGAUUUACACUUAGAGACCAAGGUACCACAAUUGCCAUUGGUAAGAUUGUCAAGAUUGCUGAAUGA